AUGACGAUGGUAAUGGAAAACCAAAACCGCCCAUAUGGCGGCAUGAGCUUCGACAAUGUCUAUCAUCACACUCCUCCUCAAUUCACAGACCCGUGGGCUGCCGCGCACACUACCUCGCACUCGACACCUCCAGUCUACGCGACUUCCAUGGGUAACGGUGCCAGCAUUCCCGUCAACUCGGUGAAGCAAGAUGAAGUCGGACGGGCUGCCGCCAUGUCGAUGCCUUACCCCAACAUCCCCGUUUCCGCGCCCUCCCUUGUUCCUGCGAGCAACUACACAACCGGAUAUGGGCCUGAAGUGAUGGGUCUGCAACACGAAGUGCCUCGCACGACCUUUGAGCAAGCUCCCUCAUACACCACCGCUCCCCCCAUGAGCAGCUUUGCGCCGCCUAGCUAUGCGCCAGUCAGCUACGCCCCAAUUCACCCCCAAUCACAAGACCCUCGUCGCAUUUCUCACUCAGAUGCUCGCGUCGGCUCUUCUCAACCUCCCGCGUCCGCUCCCACCUUUGGCGAUGCCCUCGACGCUAGCCGUGGAAUGGUGGCGCUCAGCCAGGACUUGACCCCCCCGAAACAUCUACGGACCUCGCGGGACAACACGAGGAUCCGCCGAUUCCUACGGUUUCCCCUCCACUCACUCAUCUGCCUCUUCGAUCUCCUCGGCCUUCUGGCUGGUAGCGCGCCUCCAGGACCCCAGUCCAUGAUGAGCCAAUUCAGUUCGAAGAUGCCUUCCAAUACCCAGAAGAAGCACAAGUGCAAGGUCUGCGAUAAGCGAUUCACUCGCCCUUCUUCGUUGCAAACACACAUGUACAGCCACACCGGCGAGAAACCAUUCGCGUGUGAUGUGGAGGGUUGCGGGCGACACUUCUCCGUUGUCUCAAACUUGCGCCGACACAAGAAGGUCCACAAGGGCGAGAAGGACACUGGCUCCCCCGAUGAGGAUGAGUAA